AGAAACUUUCGGUUGUUAUGAUGAAAAUGUGACGUCAUUUAUUGUUUUGCCCGAGAUAUUUUUGAAAUAUUCUAGAUUUAAAAUUAAAUUAAUUGAUUCGCCCAAUAUAAGUGUAUUAAAAAUGGAUUGGAGGAAAUUCUUUGGCUCAGAAAGUGAUGAUAAAGACAGGAAACGCAGUGAUAAAUUUAAUUUCAAAAAGUUCGACGAUCAAGAUGAUGACGAUGAGUGGUUUGAUUUAGAGACAUUUUUCAAUGACUUUCAAGACAACAAAUUUCGUUUUCAUGGCUUUCCAAAUAGCAUAUUAAAGCAAUUUAAAACAAUAAUUGAUGCAAUGGAGGAUAUUGAGGUCGAUGAUCAGCACAUCAAGGAGAAAAACCUCCAGAAAUUCUAUGAUAAUUACAGUCAAUUCAAGCAAAAGAGUGAUCAGGAUUUAGACGGCAAGAUUUAUGUAGAUCAAUUGGAUACAUUAUUAAAAAGAAUUAAUCCUGAAUUAAUGUUAAAGGAUGAUAAGAAGAAGAUUGAUAGUGACUUAAAGAAUGUUCAGAUUAUAAGAAAAUUGACUGAUGAAGAGAAAAUUAUGGAUAUAAUACAUGGUACGUACAAAGAGCCAGUAAUUCCUGUGAAGCCGAGAAAACGUCAUAUACAUAAAGCACCUCUAUCUCCCCAUCAUUUCUCAGCUUUACCACCUUUCCAUGAAUUUCCUCCACCAUCUAAUAAUAAUCAGCAUCAAGGACAUUCAAGGUCUUGGGGUAAAACAGUCAUUUCAAUUAGAAAUUCAGAUGGAUCGUCAGAAACAAGGAAAGUCGAAAGAACAAGUGAUGGCAAUACACGAACUACAAUUACAAAAAUGGAUGCUGGUGGAAAUUCAUCGACCAAAUCGUUUGUUGGCGACGAAAAAAUUACAAAUUUUAAUCAAUCGACUCAUGUUGUUACUUCAUCAAAAUAUGAUGAAAGGAAUCUUAUUAGCUAUGAUGGAUAUAAAAUUCCAUGUUUGUGGUGAACUUUGCUGCUGCUUUAGUUUUCUUUUCAGACCCUUGUAAUUCAAUGAAUUGAUGUGAUAAGAAAAAAAUUAGGAGAAAUCAAUAAAAACUUAAUCAAAUUAUUUUAGUCCUUACAAUCAGAAAAAAA